GGACAUAUUUGGAAGAAGAAGAAAACACAACAAUCUCCAUCAAACAAUCUCAACAAUCUCCAUCCAACUUUCAUCGAGAUCCUUGGAUCCCUGCCCUCCCCUCUUACUCGUUAUCUAGCCUCAACCUCCCCCCGUCGCAAGUCAGUAACUGGAUCCACCUGAAUGAGAGAGCAUGGGAUGUGGAGGCCCUUCGGAAUGUUUGUUCCGAAGAUGUCAUGGAGGCGAUCAGUCGUCUCCCAAUUGGACCUGUGGAGUCAAAGGACGGCUGGGCAUGGAAACAUGCAUCUAAUGGAAAUUUUACUGUCCGAUCAGCCUACCAUGUUCUUUGUGAAAGCCGUGAUCAGCAAACUUCUACACCACCACCCAUGAAUAAUCGACCUGCCAACAACAAUUGGAAGUGGCUCUGGUCGUUGGCUCUCCCACCAAAAAAUUGUUUCUUUAUAUGGAAAUGCUCUAAAAGAGCCAUUGCUAUAAGGGAAAGACUUUUCUCAAGGUCUUGUGAACCAAGCCCAAAUUGUCCCAUAUGUGACGCGCCAAAGACCACUUUGCACAGCCUCUUUCACUGUCAGCAUGCGUCGGAGACUUGGCAUCUCUCAGGAUUGAUUGCCCCUCCCCCUCAAGAUGCCUCCUUCGCCUCUUGGUUCUUCAACCUGAAGGACACCCACACUGACGCUCAUGUUUGCAAGAUUGCAUACCACCUUUGGAAUAUUUGGCUUGCCCGAAAUGCUUUCAUCUUCGACAACAUGGCUCCUUCCCCGGCCUCAUCCGCAAUUAAGUCGGGUCGUGACUUCAUGGAAUGGGAGGAAUCGCGUACUUCUCCUGCUCUUUUCUCUUCUUUCCAACCGACUCUUUUGCACCCUCAGCCUAGGGGUUCCCGUUCCAACACCACACCACCGCCGUUCUCUCGAGUGAUGUACUGUGAUGGGUCGUUUGUUUCCGACUCGAGAUUGGCGGCUUAUGGGAUUACUUUUGUCAAUUCUCAUGGUCAGGUGUACGACGGCAAGGCUGAGACUUUCCUGUGUUCGCAUCCGAUUCAGGAUGAAGCCCUUGGUCUCCUCAACGCCAUCCUGCUUGCGGUUCAUGAUGGGAUUCCAACCUGCAUUCGUACGGAUUGCCAAGUGCUUUCUCUUACUCUCAAUCAGGACCCCUCGGCAUGGCCAUGGCAUUGUCGAGCUACCAUUGCUCAGAUGUCUCUCCUUCUUCGGUCUGCUCCUUGGAUCCGGAUUGAGUUCGUUCCUCGACGGCUUAACCACUUGCAGAUUGGGUUGCUCACCAAGCUAGGGAAGCUUCGUUACCUUUGGAAUGGAUCUUAAUUGUUAAUAUUAUUGCACCAUUGCUUUAACGAACAUUUGGGGCCUUUUCGGAUGAAAUACAAGGAUUCUCUGAUUGUCAAAAAAAAAAAACAAUCUCAACGAAAACUUGAGAUUUAACUAUCACUCAUUUUGAGUGAUAGUUUGUGUCAAAUCAAGCAAACAAUGCAUGUAUUGUUUGCGAAGAAAAUUAAAAAAACUAUGCAUUGUGAACAUUUCAUGCAUUGUAACUAUCCCAACCAAACUAUGACCAAAACCAAGCGACCCCUAAAUCUCAAUUUUUGGUUGAGAUUGUUGUGUUUUUUUCUUCUUCCAACUAUAUCCCUACCUUUUAUGUGUUUUGCUUUUUUAUACUAAAAACAAAGGAUAAAAAUGACAUUUCAACCAUAAAGUAAUAUAAUUUAUUUAAACAC